AUGGGAUCAUUAAACAUUGCUAGUUUAGUUAAACAUUUUGAUGAAUUACAAGUUUUUAUGGAAAAAGAACCAUUUGAUGUUUUAGCAAUUAAUGAAACCCGACUUGAUAGUUCUAUAUUAGAUUGUAGUGUUAGUCUACCAGGAUAUAAUUUAUUGAGACGUGAUAGAAAUAGAAAUGGCGGGGGUGUUUGUGUAUAUAGCCGUAAAACAAUUGAAUUUAAACAUCUCCCUAACCUGGAAAUGCAAGCUCUUGAAAUGAUAGUAUUUAGCGUUAAAAAGCCGAAUUCAAAAGAUUUUCUUAUUUCCUCUUGGUAUCGUCCUCCAAAUUGCUCUCUUGAGCAUUUUAAUGAUUUUGAGGACUUUUUAGAUAAAGCGGAACAAGAAUUCGAUGAUCUGUAUGUAAUGGGUGAUGUGAACGCUAAUAUGUUAAAUAUCCUUGAUGUCCCUCGGGGACAUCUUUGCGAUAUUUUUCAAACAUAUCAAUUGUCGCAGUUAAUCGAUGAGCCGACGAGAACCACUAGUGAGUCGUCUACAUUGAUUGAUAUAUUUAUAACGAACAAUAAAGAAACUAUUGUUCAUUCGGGCGUUUAUCCAUUAUCUAUUAGCGAUCAUUGUCUAAUUUAUGCCGUCAGAAAAAUUGGCAUAUCUAAAAACAAACCGAAGUUUAUCACGACUCGUAGUUUUAAGCAUUUCAAUGAGGAAAAGUUUAAGACAGAUUUAAGUAAAGUUGAUUGGCCUGUGAUUGAUAUGUUUGAUGAUGUCGACAAGGCAUGGGACAAUUGGAAAGAUAAAUUUAUAUCAAUUGUCGAUAAUCAUGCGCCACUAAGAACUAUACGUGUAAGAAAUAAACCAGUUCCUUGGAUUAACAAUACGAUCAAAUUUCAGUUGUAUCAAAGAGAUAUGCUGAAGAAAAUUGCUAAGCGUACUGGAAAGCCGGACGAUUGGACCAACUAUAAGAAAGCUCACAAUAAAACAAAUUUAGACGUGAUCACUGCGAAACGUCGUUAUUAUCAAAAUAAAUUAAACGAGUUUAAAGACGACUCAAAAGGCACUUGGAAAACGUUAAAUAGUCUUAUCGGCAAACCAUCCAAAAAUACUGAAAUUAAUGAAAUUAAAAUUCCUUCAAAUGUUAACGACACUUUAACAAACGCAUGCGAUAUUUCUAAUCAUUUUAAUAAUAUUUUUCACAAAUUGGAGCAAAGCUUGCUGCUGAAGUUCCAGAUUAUAAUGUUGAUCCGACAAAAUAUUUAA